AUUAUGAGCGUGGUUACGUAAAAUUGAAGUUGCACGUGUGCUUUGCGUUAAUCAUUUCAAUUUGAGUGAGAGCUAAGUUAGUGGAGGGUGAAUUCCUGCUUAGGAUUUGUUUUCCAACUCUGAUUUCAUCAUGCCAGAAGGACCAGAACUUCAUCUUGCCAGUCGAUUUGUGAACAGGGUUUGUAAGGGUCGUGUAUUCACUGGUCGCAUUGUCAAAUCUCCGGUUCACAAAAGUGAUGAAGUCUCGUUCUGCGCUCAAGCGUACAUCAUCACGGCUGCUUCAAGGGGUAAAGAAAUGCAACUUAUCCUCUCAGAAACUGAAGAUACUCCCAAGUCUCUCUCCAAGGGCAAAAAACGCAAGCUUACUGAGCUGAAGUCUACCAGGAUUUUGUUCCGAUUUGGGAUGUCGGGAAAGUUUCAGUUCACGACCGUUUCGGAGGUGCACAAGCAUGCUCAUCUUCAAUUCUUUACGAAUGAUGAUCCAACCAUGGUCUUAAGUCAUGUUGAUGUCCGUAGGUUUGGAAGAUGGGAAGUAGAUGCUGAUUGGUCCAAAGAUAGAGGACCAGAUCCAAUGUUUGAAUAUCAACCUUUUAGGUCAAAUGUAGUGAAAAACCUCGAAUCAAGUGCCUUUGACAGACCCAUCUGUGAAGUUCUUCUGAAUCAAAAAUAUUUCAAUGGGAUUGGAAACUACCUCCGAGCUGAAAUACUCUACAGACUUGGCAUACCACCUUUUGAGAAAGCUCGCAAUGUUCUAAAGGACCUGGACGAAAAUCCACCUGAUGUUAAGCCAAAGAUGAAAGGUCAGGAUGUCAAGGUCAAGGAUAAAGGUCCGAAGGUUGACAUACUGCAUUUGUGCCACACUGUGCCCCUGGAAGUUGUCAACCUAGGAGGAGGUGGUUAUGAUCCUGAAGGAAGAUCAGCCGAUUAUUCCAAGUUUAAUGCCUGGCUGCAAUGCUACUACCAAACAGGCAUGAACAACGUGGUUGAUCACAACAGUAGAACCAUCUGGUUCAAAGGACCAGCCGGACCAAUGGCCCCAAAAGAUAUGAAAUCAAGGAGUCCUGUCAAGAGGAGAAAGAAGAAGGAAGCUGCAUCAGCUAAGGAUAAUGAGUCACCCACAAAGAAACCAAAAAAAACAGGAGCAAAGAUGAAAGUAGAAGGUCAGAGCAAAAGGAAAACGCCAAACAGGAGACAAGCAAGAACUAAGGGUUUAUCAGCUGGAAGGAAGCCAGUUCAGGGAACAAAAGAUGAGACCAAGAAAGUCAAGAACACUCCCAAACAGACUAAGAAACAGCUACAGGGUGUUCAUGACGUCAAAGGUUAUGCUACCAGGUCAAAGGUUACCAUGAAUGACCUGAAGAAUCCAAAGAAGACUCGGUAAUUGAUAGGAAACCAUUCGCUACAAGUCAAACACAACUUAUACUGGUACUUUAUUUGUAAUAGAUUUAAUAAGUACAUGUACUUGGAACUAUUCUAACUUCUUGUCAGCUUUCUUUUAUUUACAUUUGAUAGUCGAAGGUACAAAGUUUAGUUGAUUGUAUGUAGUGUACAUUUUCAUGAUCAUAAAAAUGGAUACAAUAACUUUGCUAAGAACUUGUAAAUUCAAGAUCUUUUAUUCUAAAAAUAGACUAUGUCACUUCCCUCUUAGUCAAGUAAAACUCAGUUUCAAACGUUUGAUAUGAAAUUUAACCACUCAUCAAUCCAGCUGGCUUCUGGUUACCGCAGUGUAUUUGUAAAUAGCCUUGACAGAUAUUUCUCACAAAUAGAAGAACUUGUUAUAGAGUGACAAAUCAGUAGAACCACACUUGGAACUUUCUCAGGCCGUCUUGAUAAGUAGAUUACCGUAGUUUCCAAAUCGAAUUCACCAAGUUUAUUUUUAUAACUGGUAAUCUUUCUUUACAUAAUGCACAGGUUACAGUGUGUUAAUAUUACAGUAAGAAACGUUCUCAUAAAAAAGAUAUCCUGAAAUAUCAGUAGUCUCCUGCAUUUAGCUAGGAAAUGUGUUUUAUUUUGUAAAUAUUUUGUAACUUGAUCUUCACAGUACUCUUAACGAUUUUCUGUUGGAAACAAGCUAUCCGAUCCAUCCCUUCAGGUUUUUUUAUUCUGUAAAUGGGAUAUGAUUCAGCAUUAUCGACCUGAAUUCCACUAUGUGUUUACAAUUAGACUGGGCCUGUAGCCCAACCCUUGCGUGAGAUUAUUCUCAGACUUGGGAAACUUCCGAUAAUGGUUAGAACAUUUGCAGGCAAUUGGAAAAGGGAUAACAAAGUUUUGGCUCCUAAACGUUGCUUCCAAUUAUUUUUCCAACUUUGAUGAAUAUACAUUGUGUGUACCUUGACAGCCUGCUACUAUCGAUGUACAUGUAAACCCUCGUUCAGUGUGUUAACUUGUAAAAUUUUGUUUUACUCAAGCAUUAUACAAAUGACAA